CCGAUCUAGAGGUAUGGAUGCUUUUUCUUUCUCCUGUCGCUACUGCCUUUAGAAUCGGCCGCCAUCCGAGGAGUUGCCGGAGCCGGGAUCUCUCAGGCACAGUCGUUUGAGCUGGCGUGGGAGUAAGGGCUCAGAAGGAAGGCAUUCAGAAUGGUCCAGCGUUUGACAUACCGUCGUAGGCUGUCCUACAAUACAGCCUCUAACAAAACUAGGCUGUCCCGAACCCCUGGUAAUAGAAUUGUUUACCUUUAUACCAAGAAAGUUGGGAAAGCACCAAAAUCCGCAUGUGGCGUGUGCCCAGGCCGACUUCGAGGAGUUCGCGCUGUGAGACCUAAAGUUCUUAUGAGACUGUCUAAAACAAAAAAACAUGUCAGUCGGGCUUAUGGUGGUUCCAUGUGUGCUAAAUGUGUCCGUGACAGGAUCAAGCGUGCUUUCCUUAUUGAAGAGCAGAAAAUCGUUGUGAAAGUAUUGAAAGCACAAGCACAGAGUCAAAAAGCUAAAUAAAAAAAAAGAAGCUUUUUUGAGUAAUAAAGUGAAAAAGCCUUGUUCUGUUAAUUUCUGUUGGUGAUUUGUUAGUGUGCAGGUUUGGUUUCUGUGGUAACGAAACCCCCAUGAUUUUAGUUGAUUACUUUUUCUGAAAGUAAUUGGAGGACAAUGAUGGCUAGAAUUUUUUGAUGGCAGCUCUAGACAGCAGUAAAAUAGGGACCUUAAUAUAUUUUCUCUUAGAAACUAUGUUGUAUUGAUCCUGGUGCCUCUUAAUAAUGAAAAAGUAUGUAAAGGGUUUUAAUAAAAGCUCAUUCUUAAAGUGCUUAGACUAUAUCAAGCAUCCCUCCAAGUAUUCUACAUAAGCUCUUCUGAACUCUUCUAAGACCAUUUCAUGAACUGCUGAGGACUUACCAGGUUUCUGCAAAAUAAGUGGGUUAACUUAGCAAUUUGAGGAAGCUAAAGCAUUAUAGUUACGUACUUUUAAAAAUUUAUACGUUAGAUGGUUUAACCUUUUCUAAAUUUGAAAUGUUUUCACUUUUCAAAUGAAAACUUUUCAAAAACUAUAGACAGUUUAGAAAGUAUGGGAAAGAAUGGGAAUCCCCUUUGACUUCAGUAAACAAAUAAUCAGUUUUAACAGUUCGGUGUCUUCCCCCGUUUCGUUUUCUAGAUACAAGACAUCAUAAAAUUGUUCAUAUACUAUAUGUGUAAAUUUUCAACCCUUUCGCCCCCACUUAACAAAUAUGCUGUCCAUAAGACUAAGGAUGUGAAAUACACCUGAGUGUUGACCAUUCCUUCACCUGUGUUUAGCCACUGUUUUUGAUCACAGACCACACUUAAAGGUCCCUUUGCUUAAGUCUCCUCUUCACCUUACACUGUCACACAGUUUGGUCCAAUUCCCUCCUCUCACCCCACCUCUUGUAGGACUGGAGAUUUCAUCUUGUGGUGUGUACAUAUAUAAGAGCAUAGGUUGGUGUGAGCAUAGCAACACUGUCCAAGUGACCAAAAUGGAUUCCUUACUGUUCUAGGUUUUGAUUUUGU